CCCCUCUGUCUUGAAAAUAAUUGAUAAUAACGCAUAAAUAAUUAACACAAAGUACAAAGGAAUACAGAGCUGGUCAUCGCAGAAUCGGCUAGAGACUUACUGAUCAGCUUUGAGUUCUCAAUUCAUAUUCCAUACUGGAUACUGGAUAAAUAAUACAGCUUCCCUUGGGAUUUUUUUGUUAUUAAUGUUUUUAUUAAAUGUUUUGGUGAACUAGAUGGACAAAGAACACUGUCGAACCAAUAUUUUACUAAGAUGAUAUUAAUUUUGUGGAAGAACUACAGGUGUCACAACAUUUUUGGCAUUAUAUAAUUUUCUUUUAACAGUUUCACUCAUUCUUCCUUUAGGUUUCUGGAGAGAGAGAUAGACACUAUAUGACCACUUAAAUUAAUUAUUCGUUGAACAGUAUAUGAAGUAGUUCUUGCGUUCAUUGAUCUUACUAAUGAAAAUGUUAUCUUUUCUCCUUGAUUAGACAAAGUCCUUGUUGAAUGGAGUUCUUUCUCAAUUCCCAUUUAGUCUGUAUUUAAAAUUCCAUUUAGUGGAUAUUUAUAUAUAAUACCGAGGCAUGCAACAGUUUUUUUCGUGUUUUUCAAAAAAUGGUUUGUAUUUUCGCAACAGCGAACUGUGAAAUUUCGAAAUCGAAUGAGCCGAGAAUGAAGUCUUCAAACUAUAGUAAAAUGCCGCAAGGAAAAGUACAAAAGUAACCCAUCAUUUCUGCCACACCCGUUACUAACAAUCUGUUUUGAGCUAACUGUGGGUCAGAUUAAACAGGACAUUUUUGUUUCCUGGUUUGAGACAUUAAAAUCGUUUUAAAGCUCGGUUUUUGAGCUCAUUCGAUAGUGAAUUCAUUGUUUUGCAAAACUGUCGACCUUGUUUUUCAAAUAAAUUUUACUUCGAACUCAGACAUAUGAAUACAACCAUUCAUUCAAGAAUGUCGAAUAUUUUUAAAAGAACUUUUAUUGUAAAAAGAAAUGUAUGUCUUAUGUGGUUUUUCGAGAUGGGAUUAGCUUCGACGUUUCAUUCUCUGAAACGUGUGCUGGACAUGAUGAUUCAGCGGAUUACGGCCACAUUUUCAUUUUGAUUAUUAGUCGAUUUUUCGUUUGUCCUUUGCUCGGCAAGACGCGUCGCCAAUCUGCGUAGCCUGGCAGCAGGGGUCUACGAAACUUGCGCACAAGAAAGUUACGCAAGGGUAGGUUGCGCACGCAAUAACAAAUUCUUAUUUUACAUUUAUAUUUAUUACAAAAUCCUAAGAAUUUUAAUUGCCAUUAUCGUUUAUAUACAUGUAAUUCUACUAGUGUUUAUUAGUGAAAUGAAAAUAUUGUAUUAUAGAAUAAUAUUAUAUGCUAUUGUGAUGAUUUGAUCAAUAAUAUUCUAAUGGGGAUUAGAAACAAGAUUGAAUGGCCGUUUAUCUAGACGUUGAUACUUUUUCUUUUUUUGAAAUUUCUUCGUCGGCAUUCACUCGUGCUGCUUUAGUAUGAAUAUGGAAAUCUUCCUCUAAAAUUGUUUUUUCGAUAAACUUCCACAGAGUGGGAUAUGAACAUUGAAAAACGUAUCCUGAAAAAGAGAAGUGUUCCUGAAAAAAAGCACAUUCUUUUGAAGACUUACCAAUAUGUCUGUUCCACGCCUCGGCAGAAGUAUUAGUUCUCAUCUGUAAAUUUUUCGUGCAUAUAAUGUUAAAGGUGCGCUAAUCUUAGCUGUAAGUGUCGAUGUAUAUAAAUGAAAAUAACAACUAGAGAGACACGCUUGAGGAAAACUAGUUGAAAAAACAUUCAUAACCGCUUUUUCAAAGUCCAAUACUAUAUUUUGUGGACUUUCUUAGCAUUGAACCUAUAUCAAUUUUUUUGUUGGGUACAUAGUACUGUAUAUGGUCCAAUAAUAUCUGCUCGAAAGCUGAACUCUUUCAUUCAUUUCAGUUAUGAAUGAGGACCUUUCUACAAUAAUCAAAUCUAAACAAGUACCAGAAACAUCUCUUGUCACUCCUCUAACUAACUGAUACAAAUCUUCCUGAAGAAAAUCAUCAACCAAUUGUUAGUUCUGAAAAUAAUCAGUUAUCUAUUCAAAACGAUUAUUGUAGUUUAACAGAUCCACCAGCAUCGAAUGAACAUUGUUUUUUAUUAUCUUCUACUUGUUCUAGUAGUAUUAAUGAUGAACAUAUUGAUACUAGUGUACAAACACCUAGUUGUAAUUAUAGUGAUUGUGAAAAAGAGGAUAAUGGUCGUUCUAGAGCUACAUCAGAAGAUCUUGUGGGCUGUGAGAAAUUAAUUAGUAAUCUUUUAUCUUUAAAAAAAGCUAAUGAAAAUAUUGACAUGCUUUUAAAAAUGUUCAAGUCGACAAAUAAUUCAAAAGAAUUAUGUGCACGUGAAAUAUAUACAUUUUCUGAUGGUAUAUUAAAAAUUGUUAAUGAUUUGAGACUAUGUUGUGAAAUAUAUCUAUUGGAAUGUGUGAACAAUCGCCCUCUCGAUUCUGAUUCAUUGCAGACAUGUUUAGAAAGAGAUCCGGGUGCUUAUGCAACUUUACUUCGAUUUAGUAGUAAUGAAUUAAAGCAUCUUAUUGAACUUGGACCAUUCCAACCACGUCUUUCAACAUAUCCUAAAUUAACCAAAGCAAAGAAGAGUGAGAAGGACGAGAUAUGUAUAGAAUCAAAUUCGAGAAAAACAACAAGUUUUCAAGCUAAAUGGUAUGAUCAUUAUCCAUUAAUUAAAUAUAGCAUAUUAAAAGAUCGAAUCUUUUGUUUUGUUUGUCGUUUAUUUGGUCAUGGUCCAGGAGCACUUUGUGCUGAUCCUGCUUGGACAAAAUGUGGAUUACAACAACAGGCUAGAAUGAAAGGCAAAGAUGGUAAAUUAAUUAAACAUUUUCAAUCGACUGCACAUAUUUCUGCUAAUGAACGUUUACAAAUGUUCAAAAAAGACGAUUCACAUGUCGAUAUUCAACUUGAUAAAGAACGUAUUUAUGUUAAUCAUCAUCGACAAGAAUUAUUUAAAUUAAAUCGUUAUAUCAUUUUGAGUCUUCUUGAUGCAACGAAAUUUUUAGCAGAUCAAUCAUUAAGUUUUCGUGCUGAAAUUGAAUCUAAAGGUAACUUCAAUCAAAUGGCUUCAUUAUUACGACGUCAUAAUAAUACAAUUGAUAAAUGGUAUAAUGAUACAUCGACAAGAAGUUAUCAAGUGACUUAUUUAAGUAAUGAUGCUCAAAAUGAAUUCAUAUCCAUUCUCGGUCAGUCGUACGAGGGGGCGAUGAACAUGUCAGGAGCAUUCAAAGGAGUACAAACAAUAAUUAGUGAAUCAAUAGGACGUGAAAUUAUUUUUGUUCCAUGUUGUGCUCAUCGAUCGAAUAAAAUUGUUGAACAUUCUACACAAAACAGUUUAGAAGCAACAAAAUUUUUUGAUUUAUGUAAUAAAAUAUAUGUUUUUAUAACUGGAAGUACAAAACGUUGUGCAGCUUUACGUGAUAUCUAUUCAAAUUCAAUGAAUGAUGAUACUUUAUCGUUGAAAAAGUCAACAGAUACUCGUUGGAGUUCACAUUAUAAUAGUAUUAUUGCGAUUUAUGAAUCAUUUACUGGAAUUAUUCAGAUACUUGAUGAGUUAUGUGAUGAUAAUGACAAAACAACUAAAUUUGAAGCAAAUGCUAUUCGUGAUAAAUUUGUUUCCUAUGAAUAUUAUUGUAUAUUAUUAUUUAUAAAACAUUUAAUGUCAAUGACAAAUGCAUUGACAACAACAUUACAAGAUGAAAAUUUAGAUAUAUUAUUAGCUAUAGAUACAUUAACAAAAACUAUAUGUUUAUUAAAUAAAAUAAGAAAUGAUGAAGAUUCUAUAAAUAAUCUAUUAGAACUUGCUAAAGAACGUAUGAUAAAUUACGAUGUAGAUGCUGAUGCUGCAUUUGGUAAAACACAUCGACGUCGUUUAAGAGCAUUACGAAUUGAUUCAAAUGCUCAUAAUGAAGUGAUUUUGUCUAGACAAACAUAUUAUAGAAAAAUAUUUUAUCAAAUCAUUGACCAAUUGAAUAAUGAAUAUACUGAUUUAUUACAUACAUUAGAAGAAAAAUUAAAAUAUUUUACUUAUGACUUUCGGAUAGAAGAUGCUGAACAGAUUAAAAUUAUUGUUCCAGGUAUUGAUAGUGGUGAUUUAUUAUAUUAUGAUGUUCAAUCAUUAAAAGAAAACUUACAAGAAUGUUCGUCAAUUAAAAAUAUUAUGUUCGUGUUUUUGAAGAACAAUUACAAAUGCUUAUAUCCACGUUUAUAUCGUGUUUAUACAUUUAUACUAACAUUACCCGUAACUGUUGCAUCAAACGAAAGAACAUUUAGUCGUUUAAAAUUAAUAAAAAAUCAUUUACGAUCAAAAAUGUUCGAUGCUCGGUUAAUGAAUUAUUACUAUGUUCAUCAGAAAAGGACGUAUUAG